GGGAAGGUUUAGAUGUGACACAACAAGUACGGUGUGCGAGAAAGGUCAAUCUUGUCUUUGCUCGCACGUAUAAAUAUUACAUCACUAAAAGAUGUCUGCAACCAGGUAUCGUCGGUUUCUGAAGCUGUGCGAGGAAUGGCCCCGAGACGAGACCAAGAAAGGCCGUGAUUUGGGAAUGUUUCUGCGGCAGAGAGUCGCUGCUGCGUUCCGCGAGGGUGAAGACACGCAGAUUGCAGAUCCAGAGAAAUGUGACCAGAUGUAUGAAAGUUUAGCCCGUAUUAAUGGGAAUGUGUACAGACAAAGAUUUCCUCGUGCACAAGACACAAGUUUCACAGGAAUCACAAAAGAAGAGUGCCGAAUGCUUUUGUCAGAAAAUAUGCAGCAAAGCAUGGACGAAGAAAAGAAGGGUUUAUGGAAAACGUUAAUAAACAGAUUCUCCUCCAAGUCACCAGAAGGUGUUCCAGAAAAAGCUCCUGAAAAAUAACUUUCUCUCUUUUUAGUUUUGCGGGUAUGGAAAUAAAGCUUAUCCUUGCUAUAA